GCACGCCUCAUUCGCAUCUUCGACAGCCUGAAGCCGAAUCAGGACGUUUUCGUCCAACUCGUUUGUGGCUACGAAGAUGGCAGUGAAAAGGCGGUUGGCCGUACGGAGGUCUGCAAGAACGGCAACCUCCAACCAAGGUGGAACCAGAGGUUCCUUUGCGGCCGGGAUCGUGGCAAGACCUUAAAGUUCAAGGUCCACAUUGACCACGUGUGGCGCAGCGCCGUUCUUUGUGGUGAGGCGCCUGUAGAUGUCAAAACGAAACAGCGUGAUCCUCUGGUGCCCGAAGCCUCGUAA